GGUGUAUCGCUCUCUAUGAAGUCUUUUGCCUGCUCACCGGCUACCUCUCUACACUGGAUCUCUUCAAACUAGCUUCAACAUCCAGGACAUGAUGGCUUGCUGUCAGCGGCAAACAAGCAAUCCUGGAUAAACUCAAAGCCCGGACCGUCUGCGACGGACACAGGAUCAGGAAGCUGCUGAUAUGUCUUUUUUGCUUGAUCCGUUGCUUACAAGCCAACCCUGGUCGAAUCUCCACCAUAUAUCGUGUAGUCGAUACAACGAUUUCGUCCUCACGCAGCACUGCAGCCGGUGCGGAAUCCAGUGUUGUGAGAAUUGCCGGGCUCACAUCGUUUACCAGACAAUUUGGAAUCGUCAAGCCGAUCCUGUUACAGAACGCAGGCGAAUUUCAAAUAGUGUCUCUCAGACUAGGCCAUGGCCAGUCCCUAAGCUAUGCAGACUUCUCCACGGAAAUCAAGUUAACCAGCUUGCGAUAUUACAGCAGCAUCACCGGCCGGAGAACUCUGCUCAAGUGGAAGAUCUACAAAGACUGUCGAGGUCUUAACCUGUGGCACAUGGACAUCACCUCUGGACCCUUCAAGAA